AUGGGUUCGACACCAAGACGACGGUCCCGCUCCGUGUCCAGAAAUCGGAGUCGGGAACGGCGAAAUAGGUCCCGGGCCAGCAAGUCUAAUUCUCCUGAGAGGUGGGCGAAUCGCUCUCAAUUUUCGGAACCGAAGCGGUCCACUCGAGGCCAUGGACGAUCCGGGAGCCGCGACUCUGGUAGCAGCUCGCCACACAGAAGACGGCCUCAACAACGGCGCCGUUCAAGUUCCAGAAGCAACUCGGAGAGUGACAGGAGACGAAGAAUACAACGUGCCAGGAACAAAUCUAAGAGCAAUUCGUCAAGUUCUGAUUCCGAUCGUCCUAAAGAUAUAAGAAGAAGUGACACGCCGAUUCGAAGAGGAGCAUCUCAUGAGAGGAGAAGGGAAAGGUCAUCUUCAGGCUCCCGGGAUGGAAGCGGUGAAAGAGAGCGAGGAAGACGGAGAAGCCUCAGCAGAGACAGACAGAGACACAAGGAGCGGGACAGAGAUAGAGAGAGGAAAUCUGAACGAGACAAAAGGACAAGGAGCAGCGAAAGGGAGCGAGGUAAGAGCGACAGAGGCAGAGACCGACGAAGACGGCAGUCCAGUUCGGCAGACUCCUCCGACAGCUCGGGCUCUGAUCGGGAGCGCAGGACUGCUAGAGACAAGGAAGACAAGAAAAAGCAGAAGGACAUGAUGAAGGCUCUGGAGACACCGGAAGAGAAGAGGGCCAGAAGAUUGGCCAAGAAAGAAGCGAAGGAAAAGAAGAGGAGAGAAAAGAUGGGUUGGAGCGAAGAAUACAUGGGAUACACCAAUGCAGACAACCCUUUUGGUGAUAACAACCUACUGGGCACUUUCAAAUGGCAAAAGGCUUUGGAUAAGAAAGGUAUUGGGCACCUCGGAGAGAAAGAUCUUAAGGAGAGGAACAAACGCAUCCAGGAGGAGAAUCGUAGAGAACUCCAGAAGGUAAAGCAGCUGCGUUUGGAGCGCGAGCGAGAGAAGGCCAUGAGGGAGACGGAGCUGGAGAUGCUGCAGAGAGAAAAAGAAGCUGAGCAUUUCAAAACUUGGGCUGAACAAGAGGAUAACUUCCAUCUGCAUCAGGCCAAACUAAGGUCGAAGAUUAGAAUCCGUGAUGGUCGUGCAAAGCCUAUUGAUCUGCUGGCGAAGUACAUCAGUGCAGAAGAUGACGAUCUUGCUGUGGAGAUGCAUGAACCGUACACCUUCCUAAAUGGUCUGACAGUCACAGACAUGGAUGACCUUUUGGAGGACAUUAAGGUUUAUAUGGAGUUGGAACAAGGCAAGAAUGUAGACUUCUGGAGAGACAUGACCACCAUCACUGAAGAUGAAAUCAGCAAGCUGAGAAAACUGGAAGCCUCUGGCAAAGGACCAGGUGACCGUCGUGAUGGCAUCAACACAGCCGUGAGCAGCGACGUCCAGACUGUUUUCAAAGGAAAAACAUACAGCCAGCUGCAGGCUUUGAAUCUCAACAUCGAGACCAAAAUUCAUGCUGGAGGUUCCAAUCUAGACAUUGGCUACUGGGAGAGUCUGCUUCUGCAGGUCCGAGUCUACAUGGCGAGAGCCAGGCUGAGAGAGCGACACCAGGAUGUGCUGCGGCAGAAGUUGUUCAAGCUGAAGCAGGAACAAGGCGUAGACAGCGAACCUCUCUUCCCUAUCAUUAAAGAAGAGCCAAGGAACGAGGACAUUCGUUUGGAGCCCAAGCCUGGCCACUCAUCCAAAAAAGGGUCUUCGGCAGAGGAAGGUCCGUCCACGUCUACGGCGGAAGGAGGCGGCAAUGAGGAGGGAGGCGAAAGCGGAGAGAAGAAGGAAGGCGAGGAAGUGGAGGCCGUGUUGACAGAGGAGGAUCUGAUCCAGCAGAGUCAGGCAGAGUACGAUUCGGGCCGUUACAGUCCCGUGCUUCUCACUUCAGCGGAGCUACCGCUGGAUACGCACACGAUCACCCCCGAGGAAGAUGCACACCGGCUACAGUUAGCGCGCAGGCAGCUGCAGGUCACAGGCGACGCCAGCGAGAGUGCCGAGGACGCCUUCGUGCGUCGUGCCAAAGAGGGAAUGAGCAACGACGAGGCCCAGUUCAGCGUGGAGAUUCCCGUAACGGGCAAGAUGUACCUGUGGGCGGAUAAAUACCGACCCAGGAAACCCCGCUUCUUCAACAGGGUCCAUACCGGAUUCGAGUGGAACAAAUACAACCAGACCCAUUAUGACUUUGACAACCCUCCACCUAAAAUCGUCCAGGGAUACAAGUUUAAUAUUUUUUACCCGGACUUGAUAGACAAGCGCUCAACACCUCAGUACUUCCUUGAGCCCAGUCCUGACAAUAAGGACUUUGGGAUCCUAAGAUUCCACGCCGGGCCGCCGUACGAGGACAUCGCUUUUAAGAUCGUGAACAGAGAGUGGGAGUAUUCCCACCGGCACGGCUUCCGCUGUCAGUUUGCGAACGGGAUUUUUCAGCUGUGGUUCCAUUUCAAGAGGUACCGCUACAGGAGAUGA